CUUAGCCAACUCACAGAUCGCUGCGUUGCCCGCUCAACUUAAAAAGUCAAAAAACCAGUUUAUUUACCGAACACGGUAGAGUCGCGCGUGGCGGUAUAGUAAUCGCGCCUUUAAUUUUUUUUGGUUUUGUCAUGUUAAUCAUAUAAACCUUUUACCUACAAUCUUUGCCGUUAAAUAUUUGCUUGAGCAAUUUUACAGAUUCUAGUUAGGUAACUAUUGUUUGUAAUAUGGUAAACGAAAUUCGAAUUUUUAAUCGCGAGUGAACAUUAGUGCAUUCACGUGAAAAUAAGUGUUUUGUUUCAUUGUGUAAAUGUGAAAAAAUAGAUGUUUUGUAGUAGGUAUUAUUACAAAUGCAUAUUUUAUAAUAUCGAUUGUCUGUCUGUCUCAAAUUGCAUUUGCACAGUUGAGUGAUCCCCGUGUGAUUCUUCAAGACGACUUUGCGAGAUGUCACAAAUAAGUCUCCAAAGUGCAUUAACACAUUCCUGAUGUCGUGUAGCAGAUCUCAUGAAGUUGGCUGAGUCAUGCAGCCAUGGCAAACAAUAAGGCUCUGUACUCCAUAUCCGUGGUCGUCCUCGGGUUCAUAUGCUUCAUAGUGGGGGCAAUAGCUGUAGGCCUUCCUAACUGGGGCUACUUUUAUAGUUAUAACUCUGACACUCUACAACUGCCGACGCUGUCCUACUAUUUGUUGAAUCCGAGCUACGAGCAAGGCUACUUUGGACCAUGGAACAUGUGCAAGAAGAUGUCAUACAACAGGGAGAAAUGUGGCGCAGACGUCUCGAAGUUCAGACCGUCCGAGGCCGUCCACAUAGCAGGGGUGGUGGCGGCGAUAGGGGUGUCAGUGUUGGGUGUGUUCUGCGUGUUGUCGGUGCUGCAGCUCGCCAUGAUCUCCUCGAAGGAGCGGGUCGGCUUCAAGUACACACACCUCGUCAUGAUGAAGCUGGCGCUGGCAUUGCUAGCUGCCUUGUUGUCCAUAGCAGCAGCUGGCCUGUUUGCUGUGCAGGGCGAUGACAGAGGAUUCUACUUGACCAGGGGCGAAGCUUUCUACGUCCAGAUAGUGUGCAUAGUGAUCAACUCGUUGCUGUUCAUAAUGUCGCUGUACGACGCGUUGUUCUCGCGGCGCGCGGGCGGCGACCCGACCGGCGCCGCGGACCCCGCCGACGCUACAACCAUCAACAACCCAGGGUUCAAGGAGGCUGGUCGAGGUAUAUCGAUGACGGACGCGUCGGGCAAGCCGUACAGCAGCAACGGGUCGCUGCGGUCGCAGAGCUCGGCCAACACCGCGGACUCGCUCGCGCGCUCGCCGCUGCGCUCGUCGCUGAAGAAGCCGCGGCCGCCGCCCGCGCGCGGGAUACAGAACCCCGGCUACUCGGGUCACUCGCCGACACUAAACAGGAAUGGCAGUCAGAAGAAAGUUAGAAUACAAACGCACAGCACUGAAGUAUGAGUUAGUUAAUAGUUUUGCAAAAUGGUCUAAUUUAUUUGGUUCGUAAUGAAAUUUCGGUUUUAAGAAGCAAUGAUAUUACUUUCGUGGUCAUUUAUUAGCAGGCAUUGUGGCUAAACAUGAUACGUGAAAAUUCCUGUGUCCGUAGUGUGAUUUUGCUAUUUGAAUUUCACCAUCGAGUCAAUUCGAAGUGAGACGCAGUGAUCACAUUGCGCCAUUGUAACGCCACGACCACUUUUGUGUGGGCCGUUGAGUGUUGUCCAUUUAUUUAUAGCCGCCAAUAACAAUGAUACUAUAUAUAUCCUGUUUGACCACAAUGCCUGCUUUUAGAUAUUUUUUUCUUUUAGUUUUUAUUAUAAUUACUCCCCAAAGUGGCUAGAAGAAAAAUAUUCAUAUUAAUAAAUACAAUAUUCAUGAAAAAGUUAAAGCAUACUGUAAGUUAUAGUAUGUUUUGUCACUAUCACUCUUUACAAUAUUUGAAAUUGACAGAAAGAGACAAAACAUAACUGAGCUUAUGUGUUCUUCAAAUAUCUGAUGUAACUAAAAAGUCAUUUAUAUUUAUAACCAAUUUGAAAACAAGCAUUUUGUUCUGAAUUUGGAAUUUACUGCACACAAUAUAUUCUAAUUAUAUAGCUUUAUAUAGAUCAUACAUAUUUUGUUGAAUCUCAUUUCGGAUGUUAUUUUUAUGAGAAAAAUAAACAUUUUUUUUUAAUGUUAUAAAUAUGUGCGACCAAUUAGUAUAACUUAGAGUCAAUGUGUUUUCUAUUGUGAGUAAUAACGUUUUAUUUAUAUAAAUUUUGAUGACCAUACACAAAUUUUGGUGAAGUGUUAUAUUUCCGAACAAUUUAUUAUAACUUCCUUAUUCGUACCUUAUACCUAUUUUAAAUUAAAAUAUGUUUUGGCAUCUCAUUUUUCAGCACUUUGACAGAGCGAGACAAAAGCUUUUAGCUUUGAAUAAGAGGAUUAGACGCAUCUGUAGUUGAAAUAAGUACAUAAGUCUAAUAUAUAUCAAUAAAUGUUAAUACGUUGUCAUAUUUAAUUAAGUAGGUUGAAACUUGGCAUGUCAUUCCUAACAUUUGGUAUGAGGUUAAUUAACAUUCAUUACUACUUAAUUGGCGGUGAUAAUUAAAAAAUAAUCGCACAUAAUGAAACACAAGAAUUAGGCUAAAUCACACAUUUAAGUAGAGAAAUUUCAUACAAAUGGCGUUAUUUUUACUAUAUUUUGUUAUUAAUUUUUCUAUCGUGUUUAUUUUACGCAUUAUCAUGUAUAUUUAGCUUGAACAAAGUUCUCUUUCACACUGUGUAUAUAGACCAGCACAAAGUGUUGUAUAAAAAUAAGAAUAUGUUUUUUUAUUGUUAUAUUAUACCGCUUGUUGUGUAUUUUUAUGUAAUUUUAUAAUAUUGACAUGUAAUUUUAUUAUUAACUGCAAUAUUUUAAGUUAUGCUAGUGCAUAUUAAGUUAAUCAAUUGAUAUGCUUUGUUUUGUAAGCAAUUUUUAUUAUUAUUUCUACUUAUCACGGGAAUAAGUUCUGUACAGACAAUUCUGUUGGGCAUUCCCUAAUUAUAUUGGAGGUGAAAAUAAUCUAAAUUGAUUACAAAAUAGUGCAAGUAUGAAAUAGACCCUAGGUCGUAUUUUUAGAGUAUUGUAAAUACACUAUUAUAUGUCAAUGAAAACCCACCACGCUUGUAUUGAGCAAGUUGUAUUUGUAUUGUGUUAAAAUCAAACAAAUGGGAACUAAGAAGUAUAAAUUAUCUUACUAUCAAAUAUUUUACUUUUAUCCAUUAAUAAGAAUUGGUUUUGAAUCACUCAAAUUUUUAUUAUUAUAAAAACAAUAUGCACAGAAUAUUUGGCCACGGAGUCGCUACUGUCUCAUAAAUUGACAAGAUAAUGGUAUUUUAAAAUGACUUGAAAGUUUUCGAUUUUGAUCACCAGGUAAGAUAUGUCUUUAUGUAUCUAUUCUGUCCAUAUCUCUCUCUUAUAAAAAUAAUAUAAAUAAACCUUAUCAUUCAAUAAUUCGGCAAAAUGGGAAAGGAUUAUUUCUUGACAUAGGGAGCGGUGAGCAUCUAAGGUACAGCAUAAUUUAUAAGUUAACUGGAGGCAAAUGUCAAUUGGUUAGUCGUUUUAGAAUAACAUAACAGUCAUAUUUAUAAUGAAAAGUGCCUUCCAUUACCUAAGAUAUGUGCCUUUCCAGCCUUAUAAUAAAUUUUUAAAAUAUCAAGAUGACCAGCAUAUUGUCUUACAAUAAGCCGUUCUAAAAUAUUAUGCUUAUUAACGAAUUAAAAACAAUAACAAAUAUGAUUCUUAUCACACGUUUCUAUUGAUCAAUUCUGUAUGAAAUUUUAGAUAUAUUUUUUUAAUCCGACUGGUUGGUGUAUUUUUAAAGCUUUAUUGUAAGUUUAUUUAAAGUGGCUGAUCUACUCUUUUAUGACAUAUUUUACAUGUUCACUUGAACAAAUCAAGCCCUAGCCCAAUCCCCGUUUGUUUAGAUAUUAAAAAAUUGGUAAACAUUAUUGAUAUGCCUUUGUAUUGAAAUAUUCACGUUACAAAUAAUGUUGCACAUUAUUCAAUGAAUCAUUACGUUAUUAGUCUUAUGUGGUAAUAAUAUUUGUUUUUAAAAUGUAUAUUUCAAUAAAAAACAUUAAGUUUGUGUAUCACUUUUAAGUACCUAAACAAUCGCAUUUAUGUAGAUAAUUAUCAUCUAUAUUGUAGUGUAGACAGGAACAUGUAUGAGUAUUCGCCUGAAUCAUUCUGACCAAUACAUUUUAAUUAUUUUAUACUAAAAUAAUUUUAUGUCAGCAUCAUAACUUGAUGAUACUGUUUCGUUUUUUAAUUUAUAGAAUAUACUUUUAUGAUCUUUCGCUCCGUCCAAAAUCUGGUCUUAAGGUUAGGUGUUAAAUGACUUAUAAUAACAUAUAAUUAAGGUAAUAUGUAAGAUCCACUGAUAAUUUAAUUUGUCGCGAUCGUGAAAAAUAACACGAUGUUAUUUAGUUACUGACGCCACCAUUGUAAUGCAUUUGCAUAGUGCAUUUUCAAAAAAAACUAUAUUUAUAUUGUUUUUAUUAAGGUAAUUAUUUGCAAAAAUAAUAAAAUAUCUUAUUUUAGAAAGAUAAAAUCUUCGUAAAUCUUCUAAAUUAAAAUUUCCGUAUAUCUACUUAUCUAUUAUAUCGUUUUUAAAGUCUAAAAAAUAUUUGUUCUAAGUGUUCCCAAUGUUUAUUAAUUUUACUGUUACUUUUAAACAAAUCUCCGUCCGAUUUUUAGUUUGUUUAAUAGCAAUAAGCUAAGAUACAAUAAAGACGAUUUUUCGAAA